AUGAGCGAGUUCCUUCACCCAGACCUCGGCACGAUCAAGGGUAUCCGCACCGGAGCAGUACUUUCCUUCAGAGGCCUAAAAUACGCUUCAUUGGAAAAUGGAUUCUCAGAUCCUGUGCUCUUCUCAACCGAGGUGGGGGACGUUGUUGAGGGAAGGUUUCAUGGACCAACAACCGUUACGACCCCGAUGGGAUGCGAUAUGGAAUUGAGCUUGAUCCAAAAAAACCUGCCGCACGAACCGUUUCAAAUGUCCACCACAGAGUGUCUGAACUUAAACCUCUCCAUGCCAUCCGAGCGCUCCAAACCUCUACCAGUAUUCGUGUUCCUCCACGGCGGUGGAUUUAUGAUCGGCUCCAACGCCUGGCCUCAAUAUGAUCUUACUCGUAUUGUCGCUCUCAGCGAAGAGUUGGGCCAGCCAGUGAUUGGUAUUCAGAUCAAUUAUCGGCUGGGAGCCCACGGGUUUCUCUACUCGGAGGAUUUAGGAAAAGUCGGUAUCAAACCUAACCGUGGGCUAUUGGACCAACAAGCAGCCUUGAGAUGGGUUCAGAAGAAUAUCGCGGGUUUUGGAGGAGAUCCAAGCCAGGUCACGCUGGUGGGCGAGAGUGCCGGUGGUGCCUCUGCCACGCUGCAUCUCCAAUCCAGUGAGCCUCUCUUUACACAAGUUGUGGCCAUGGCCGGCAAUUCUUUGAUGCUGCAGCCAAUUCCAGUCGAAACUGCCGAGGGUGCGUAUAGAGAGGUUCUGUCGCUGCUCAAAAUCAACCCAGAUUCUCCACCCCAAGACCAGGCCCGGUCAAUUCUGGAGGUUUCACCAAGCGUAUGGUUGCAAACAAUUACGCCAAACAUGCCAAUGCUGCCUGUUGUGGCAGGCGAUAUCGUUCAGCGACGUCUCACGUAUUCCGAAUGGACCCAACCCCAGUCUGAAGUUCAACUUCCUGGGUUGGCUUGGUGUCGACGCAUAAUGAUCGGAGAUUGUCAAUUCGAUGGUUCUAUUUUUGCAUACAUGAUUGGUCAUAAGAAAGCCAACAUCUCACGAGGAUUCCGAACUUCGCUCUCGUCGACUCUAGAUGAAGACCCCAGUAUUGUGGAAGCCAUUUGCACAGGCUACAAUAUCACCGACGACAUCGACGACGACACGGCCAUGUUCAAUGUGCUCAAAUUCUUCACUGAUUUGUUAUUCUACGUAUCAGCAAUCACUAUUGCCCGUGGGUGGCCUGGCCCAGCUUAUGUUUAUCAUUUUAAUGAGCCGAACCCUUGGGAGGGCCCUUGGAAAGGGGAAGCCACUCACAUACUCGAUGUUGCAUUCCUCUUCCAAAACUUCAACGAAAUGCUCGAGUCGAAGCAGCAGGUUUCGGCACGAACCCUUGCCACCGACUUCAUCAAAUUUGUCUCCGGUGAGGAGCCGUAUGAGAAGUAUGAAGCAUCUGCCGGAGGCGCUAGAGUGUACGGACCUCCGACCUCUGGCCAGCCGGAAUUCGUUUUUGGUACGGAGCCGGAGAAUUAUCUGCGUCGCAAGAACUUGUGGGACAUUGCAAGCAAGGUAAACUUCGACAAGUUACACCAAGCUUUCCAUGACUUCGUUUCAAGUUAG